AUGAUCUCGGCUGGCUACAUAGCGACCACAGAACUUUCGAAGACUAAAGAAUAUACAUCAGAGACAAUCAUUUGCUUAUACUCGAUCAAUUUGACACGUAUUGCAAAUCUGCUCAUUGAACUGUCCCAACAUUCCGCUCUACGUAUUGCCAUUCGUGCCAAGCAUGAAUUUGAACAGAAAAAUGCCUGUGUUGUAUGGUUUUCUUUUGGUGAUGUUUUUGUGCGAUUGGUUCACAAGUGUAUCAAUCGUCUUUGUUACAGACGACUUAUCGAACAGCGUUAUCGUGUGGAAACUUUGAUCGAGAAACAUCAGUCGAAACUGGCUGUUCUUGAAAAAACAACCGUGGAAGGUAGUGGUGAUGAUAACACAGACGAUGCCGACUUGGUUACACAGCACAAAGAGAGUUUGGAAUCUCUUAAAUCGAGCAUUACACCAGCUGAACAGAAACAACUCAUUCAUCUAACUUCCAGACUAGCAAAGUUGGCCAGUUCUGAACAAGAGACGCACAUUACUUGGUUCGUGUCUGAGCUUUAUCUGCGAUUGCACGAGUGA